GCGACAACUCGGACUACGAGGAGGACGACCUCCAGUGCGACCUCGCGUCCUGCAACGUCAGCGUGCUCCACCACUACCGCUACCACCUGUGCCGGAAACAACCAGUGGAACGCCCUGUCCAGCAAAAACUUCAAACCUCUCGAGCUCGGCUACCACGACCCUCGCUUCUGGGAGGCCCUGGGCUACCUGCUCCUGUCCUUCGCCUUCUACGCGGGCGCGCAGCUGCCCGUGCUCCGCUACCGUACCUGGGCCACGGUGCUCUAGAACAAUUCGUUAGCUGUUACCUCGGCGGACUACAGCUAUACAGGUGGUCUGUAGACUCGGGCCAUGUUAUCAAGAGUAGAGCGCUUUCUCUAGUUAGAGGAACAUGGGAGUAUCUCUACUAG